AUGCCGCCAUCAAAUACUUCGGACCAUGAAACGCCUCCCAUCCCAGGAACUUUGGUCUCUAGAGAACGUUCACAGGUUAUAAGAACUCGAUUGGCUAAACUUUUAGGUACCAAUAAAGCAUUUCCAGGAUCCCAGCCUGUUUCUUUCGCUCAUAAACAUAUACAAACCUUGAAAGAGAAAGACUAUUAUGUAUGCGAAAAGAGCGAUGGUAUCCGAUUUUUGAUGUAUAUAACCAAGGACCCUUCACGACCUGAUAAACCCACUGUUUACUUAAUAGACAGAAAACCUAGUUACUAUCACAUAUCGAAUUUGAUAUAUCCUAUACCUACAGAUGUUUCUGGUAAAGCUAUGCAUACGGAAACUGUGUUGGACGGAGAGCUGAUAUUAGACCGAUUCCCAGAUGGAAAAAAGCAACUCAAAUUUCUUGUAUUUGAUUGUUUAGCUUGUGAUGGGAAACUAUAUAUGAAUCGUCCUUUAGAUAAGCGAAUAGGGGUAUUUAUGGUAAACAUCAUUAUUCCACUUCAGCAAUUUAUGAGGAAAUUCCCAAAGUCAGUAAGCACGUUUCCUUUUCUAACAGAAGGGAAGAAAAUGGAAAGAUCAUAUGGCAUAGAAAUGCUGUUUCGGGAUAUUAUUCCGAGUCUUCAUCAUGGAAAUGAUGGUCUCAUUUUCACUUGUGUUGAAACACCCUAUAUUACAGGGACGGAUGUCAACCUUUUAAAAUGGAAACCAAAGACAAUUAACACUCUUGAUUUUAUGUUAAGGCUGGAAUUUAUCGAAGUUGAUGAACAAGGGAAUGUCGAUUUUGAUGCGAAGCCUCAAUUCCAACUAGGCGUUUUCCAUGGCCGGAAUUCAUACUCUUAUUUUGCAGAUAUGUAUGUGGAUGAGGAAGAGUGGGAAAAGCUAAAAAGCUACAAUACUCCACUUCAAGAUCGGAUUAUCGAGUGCUCCUUGGAUGAAGAAAAUCGAUGGAGGUUUUUGAGAUUUCGAGAUGAUAAAAGCGAAGCUAACCAUAUCUCUACCGUGGAAAGCGUUCUGAAAAGUAUUGAAGAUGCUGUUUCUGAAGAAGAUCUACUUCGUGAGGCAUAUGCGAUUAAACAGGCAUAUAAUCAACGGCAUCCGAAACCACCAAACAAUGAUAAGAAACGAAAAGCAGACGAGGAUGCUGUACAGGAUGAGAAAGUCAAAUCGGAGCGAAAAGAAACUGCUUCCGGCCUUAAACAAAACUUUCAUCAGGACUGA